UUUUACUCUAGAAAAUCACUAGCUAUGUGUCAUCUGUAGUUUUACGAGUGUUUAAAAAUGACGGAAGAGAAAAUUGGCUCGUUAGAGGAGGAAGCUUUAAAAAGAAAGGAACGGCUUCAGGCACUUAAGAGAAAGAAUGAAGAGGGCAAGGAAAAUACAAACGACACAGCCGAAAAUUUACCCAAGCCAAAAUUUCGGAGUUACAAGCCGCAAGACGAAAGCUUGAAGAAUAAUAUGGUAGAGGAUGCGAAACCUGGUGAUGUGGAAGCUGUAGUUCAAGAACAGUUGGAUGCUGCGAAUAGUAAAGUGGUUAUCGAGGAACUGGAUAUUAGUAAUUUAGCACCAAGAAAACCUGACUGGGAUCUGAAACGAGAUAUAGCCAAAAAAUUAGAAAUAUUAGAGAGAAGAACGCAGAAAGCGAUAGCAGAAGAAGUGAGAACACGCCUCAAACAAGGCCAACAGGAUUUAGCAGCUUACGUAAAUAAUGAAAAAGAUUGAUAGUAUCGUUAUCGAAAACGUGUAUAUUUUGCAAUAAAUUAUAUAUAUUUUUUGUAUAGAAUAUAUAUCUAGUAAUCAA